AUGUUCCCGUCUGGUCACCACGUCCAUCUUCGCAAAGCUGCGUCCACUGCCGCACGCCGGAAUAGAGCGCAGAAAAUAUAUCGGAGUAGUCUUGCUGUUCACGAUGCCCCUCGAUCCAAACGGCCCUCAUCCAUCGUCUACGGUGCGCUUGCAACCACUGGUCUAGCAACAGCCUACUUCUUCUGGCCAGACGCUUCACGAGCUGCUCCGACAUAUGACAGCGCAAUUUUGUCUCCAGCGCACUUUACGCCAACUACACUUGUAGCAAGCGAGGCCUGUCCGGACACAGAGACACGCUUAUUGACCCUGAAGCUGCCUCCCCAGUCUAUUCCUUCUCGUGAGGAAAAUAUCUUUGCCCCAAUCUGGUCUAUCUUCAUCAAAGACGACGACAUACAGGUCGAGAGACCGUAUACGCCCUUGGAAGGUAUCGAUGAAGAGGGUCGUAUGAAGCUAUGGAUCAAACGGUAUCCGAAGGGCGAAGUAGGUAGAUGGCUACACUCGAAGAAUGUCAAUGACAAGAUCGAGAUCCGGGGACCAGUGAAGACAUGGCCAUGGCAGGAAGGUCAGUGGGACGAAGUUAUUAUGAUAUCAGGAGGCACAGGGAUCACACCAUUUUACCAGCUCCUGCAUCACGCAGCGGUGAAGAAUGAUUCACGAUAUUCACAAACGCGCUUUACUCUCCUCCAUUCAUCACGUCGUCCUAUCGAACUACCACCUACGGAGAUCCUUGCACCCCUCUUGUCCUGUGCGCAGAAGUCCCCCGAACGUUUGACUGUAUCUCUGUUUGUGGACUCUCUGGAGGGCCCUCAACAUCCGUCCAUUACUUCUGCCGCCCUCCGGUUUGCGGACCGGAUCCGACCAUUUGGGCGUAACUUCUCUCAGGGCGAAGUUGGUGGUGUCCUGGCCGCGAUGGGCUACGAACGGGAGCAAGUCUGGAAGCUAUGA